UUAACGGCCGGCAAACGGUCACACUCGAACGAGACGAAGACGACGACGACGCAACUUGUAGCAGUAAAAAUAUUUAUGGGAUUUUGCCGUGUUUAAACGAAUUAACCAAACUAAUAAUAUAUUGAAAUCAAAGUGAAAAUGUGAACGUUGUGUUUGCUUUCGAUAUGACAACCAUUUAAAAUGCAUUUCAACGUGAUAGCUCGCUGUGAAAAUUUCGUACAGGCAAAAAAGAGCCGAUUUUUAGUAGAAGAAGAAGAAGCAGCAGCCGAACAGGCAGUAAAAGCAAUCAUCGAAUACACGGACAAAGCGCACGGCGAAUGAAAGGCGUGUGAAGAGAAAACUUGCAAAAAUUACAGCAACAACUCAGCGGCGGCAAGCGAAAAAGUGUGUUUAGAAAAGAAAUUAAAAACACACGAACAUAUACAUACAAACAUACUCUGUAAAACGAAUAAACACACAUACACACAAAACAAGAGAAUUGGUGCAAAAAGCUAAAGAAAAAAACGAAGUAAAAUAGCGCGCGGUUUAAUAAUAAAUAAUUAUAUGUAUGCGCGCAAAACAUGUGAAGAGCCGGGGAGCCGCUAAUACAAAUACGAAUACGAAAAAUCAAUGAGAUUGUAAUAAAAUUCCGUAUUCUCGCUAUCGCUCCUCCCUCUCUCGCCCUGCCGCUCUCGCUCCCGCGCUCUCUCACUUUAUGUCUCUCUUCUUCUCUCUUUCGCGAGCGCAGCAGCAGCCUCUCAAAAUUGUGUGUUUGUGUUUCUUGUUGAUUUUGUGAUAAAAUUGCAAUCAACAGCACACGACACUCGCCAAAAUAAUAGUAUUUAAAGCGAUACAAAAAAUAUAAAUCAAAUACUAAAAGUGAACAGCAAAAGUGGUUGUGCAAGAAGAAGCAGCAACAAUCAGGCAAAAAAAUACCUGAAAAAAAUAAACGGUAAAACGAAGAAGUGGCGACACACACAAACGAACGGCGAGAGCGCGCUAAAAAGUUUAUUAAGUAAAAAUCCCAAAAAGUAAAAAGCCAGACAGUGCGUUUCAUUCCCCAUUCGCAAAAAGCAAAGUCAAAAUAUAUAUUUUAUUAAAAAUGGUGGAAGUAAUAGAGCGGCGGAGAACGGCUGCGUGAGCCCAAAGCGCGGCCAAUUAAAAAACAACAACAGCACAGCAGUAGCAGUAACAGCAGCAGCCGCUGAAGAAGAAGAGGAAGACGAAGAAGCUGAAGCUGAAACAACCGAAGAGGAGGAAACAGCAAGAGCCUCGAAAAGUACAUAAAAAAAGUAUAAAAAAUUUAAAUACGGUUGAAGUCGGUAGACUAAAAGCGAACUAGCGACUAAAGAGAGGCGAGAAAACCCAAACUCCGAAAACAGAAAACCACCUUAUCCAACGCAACAAUAACAACAAGAUCCACAGCCAACAAACCAACAACAUCACACAAAAUGUACGGCAAAUCAAAGACAUCGGCGGUUCCAUCGGACGCCCAGGCCCGCGAAAAAUUGGCACUGUACGUGUACGAAUAUCUGCUUCACGUUGGCGCCCAGAAGGCGGCACAGACAUUCCUCUCGGAGAUCCGAUGGGAGAAGAACAUAACGCUAGGCGAACCGCCGGGAUUCCUGCAUACCUGGUGGUGCGUCUUCUGGGACCUCUACUGUGCGGCGCCUGAGCGGCGGGAUCAGUGCGAUCACAGCUCGGAAGCAAAGGCCUUCCACGACUACGGCUUUGUCAGCUCCGGCUAUGGAGUAAACGGAAUUGGACCAGGUGGCCCCCACAAUGCCGGCGGUCCGGCGCCCAGUCCCUUGGGACAGAUGCCGCCCGGCGGCGAUGGCGGUCCAAUGGGUCCCGGCGGACCAAUGGGACCGAAUUUCUUUCCAAAUUCGACGAUGCGACCGUCGCCACCGACGCACGCCUCCAGUCCGCAACCGCCGCCGUCGCAGAUGAUGCCCGGUCAGCCGCCGUUCAUGGGCGGGCCACGAUAUCCCGGUGGACCACGGCCCGGCGUGCGUAUGCAGGGCAUGGGCAAUGAGUUUAAUGGACCGCCCGGUCAGCCCAUGAUGCCCAAUAGUAUGGAUCCCACACGGCCAGGCGGCGGAAUGGGACCGAUGAAUCCGCGCAUGAAUCCGCCACGAGGUCCCGGUGGAAUGGGACCUAUGGGCUAUGGCGGACCGGGAGGAAUGCGCGGCCCAGCACCAGGACCAGGCGGAAUGCCACCCAUGGGCAUGGGUGGAGCGGGUGGCAGACCACCACAAUGGCAGCCGAAUGCUUCAGCGCCUCUCAAUGCUUACUCGUCAUCAUCGCCAGGAAACUAUGGACCAGGACCCGGUUCAAAUGGACCGCCUGGACCGGGAACGCCAAUCAUGCCAUCGCCGCAGGACAAUACGCAAGGCGGACCAGUCGGCGGACCCGGGGACAGCAUGUACGCCCUGAUGAAGCCCGAAUUCCCGAUGGGCGGUGGGCCCGAUGGAGGCGGUGGAGGAGGCGGACCUGGCGGCAUGGGUCCAAUGGGUGGCGGGCCCAAUUCAAUGGGCCCCGUACUUAACGGCGGCGGCGGACCAGACGGCUCCGGCCUGGACGGCAUGAAGAACUCGCCGGCCAAUGGCGGACCUGGGACGCCGCGCGAAGAUUCUGGCAGCGGAAUGGGCGAUUACAAUCUAGGCGGAUUCGGAGGACCCGGCGAAAAUGAUCAAACGGAAUCGGCGGCCAUUCUGAAGAUCAAGGAAAGCAUGCACGAGGAAGCCAAGCGGUUUGAGAAAGACACAGAUCAUCCGGACUACUUCAUGCCAUAACAACAUCACCAACAACAGCAGCAGCAUCUCAACACCGUGGCAGCCGCUGUGGCAGCUGUGGUGGCGGCUGCGGCGUCCAACGGAUCGGCGGGUAGCUCCUCGGCUGCUUCCAUUGCGGCUGCUGCUCUUGGGGCCGCCGCCUCCAAUCUGCUCAGCAAUGGCAACAACAAUUUCUAAAGGCAAAAAAAAACCACACACAACACCACACAGCAAAUAAGAACGCGGUAGUAGAAAUCCUUGAUACAUAAGCAUAAAGUAAUUACCAUUUAACGCAUGUAUGAGAAAUAGAUAAAGCGAAACAAAAAAAAGAAAGCCCUUAAAUAUAAUAGACUAAAGCAGCAAAUGUAAAAUUGUGAAAGGAUCAAACGGACAUAGAAGCUUUCUGUUGCCACUGCCACUGUCCUUCGUACUGUAUUUCUCGCUGUUGAUUUAAGAUAAGUUCGUUUCGUUGUUGUAUUUUAUGCUUAAUUUUAGUUUUUCGAUCGAAAAUUCAACUCACAAAAAAUGCACUGAAAGGCAGGUGGAGGCCACAGGGCAGUGGCGUACAGAAUGACAGUGUUUCCGGGCUAAAUUCGAGAUAAUACUAAAAAGUAAAAAAAAGGAAAAACUAAGCAAGAAAAGCAGUAAUCGUAAUGAACAAACAAAUGCAGUUGAACUUCUGUAAAACGAACUACAAUUAGAAGUAAAAGUAAAAUUUAUAAAUGAACUUGAAGUUCUGCUUGUGGUUCGAAUUAGAGACGUUCGACUGUGUACUUAAAUGUAAUGUUAAACAUGUAUGCAACAAGUUCAGUGAGCCUUGUGAUUAGUUUCGUUGUUGCAAACACUCACCUCACAGCAAAAACCCGAGAUCCAUUCGCCCCAGUCCCCUAUUUAUAACCAUUCACACUUGCUUAUAUAGAAAACAUAAAUCAUACAUCGCAGAUCAAUUGUUUGUUAAGCAAGGAUAAAAAAAAAUCGAAAUGAAUGGAAUAUUAAUAAUGAUAUGCAUAAUACCUA